GAGCGGCGCAGAGCGGGCGGCGGGAGCGGCGGCGGCGGAGCUGCUGCUGCUGCUGCGCGACGGAGGGGCCCGACCCGCAGCCCGGUCCCCGCAGCCCUGUCCCGCGGCCCCCUCAGCGCCCCCCAUCGCCACCGGCCCCGCGCCCGGCUCUCCGCGGCGCAGGAAGGGGGGAAGGAAGGGAAGGAACCGCUCGCCGCGCAGCUGCACCCCCCCCCACCCCCUCACCCCUCCUCCUUCUCCUCCCGCCUCACACCGACCAUGUCGCGGCCGCUCCCGCUGAACCCCCCGUUCCUGCCGCCCACCUACGGCGUGCUGAAGUCGCUGCUGGAAAACCCGCUCAAGCUGCCGCUCGCUCACGAAGACGCAUUCGGUAAAGAAAAAGACAAAGAGAAGAAGUUAGAUGAUGACAGCACCGGUACCACAGUCCCUCAGUCAGCUUUCUUGGGUCCAACAUUAUGGGACAAGACACUGCCAUACGAUGGAGACACUUUCCAGUUGGAAUACAUGGACCUCGAAGAAUUCCUCUCAGAAAAUGGCAUUCCACCCAGCCCAAACCAGCACGAGCCUAGCCCACACCAGUCAGGUCUCCAGCAAGCUACCUCAGCAUCACCUUCUGUCAUGGACCUCAGCAGCAGGGCUUCUACUUCAGUCCAUCCAGGCAUGGUGUCGCAGAACUGCAUGCAGAGCCCGGUCAGACCAGGUCAGAUCUUGCCAGCAAACCGAAACACACCGAGUCCCAUUGAUCCUGAGACUAUCCAAGUCCCUGUCGGCUACGAACCCGACCCUGCAGAUCUUGCUCUUUCCAGUAUUCCUGGCCAGGAGAUGUUUGAUCCUCGUAAGCGCAAGUUCUCUGAAGAGGAGCUGAAGCCCCAGCCCAUGAUUAAGAAAGCUCGCAAAGUCUUCAUCCCAGAUGACCUGAAGCAGGAUGACAAAUACUGGGCAAGGCGCAGAAAGAACAACAUGGCAGCGAAGCGCUCGCGGGACGCGCGGCGGCUGAAGGAGAACCAGAUCGCCAUCCGCGCCUCCUUCCUGGAGAAGGAGAACUCGGCGCUGCGCCAGGAGGUGGCCGACCUGCGGAAAGAGCUGGGCAAGUGCAAGAACGUCCUGGCCAAGUAUGAAGCUCGACACGGCCCCCUGUUGGCAUUUGACUAGAUGGACAAUGUGUUUCCUGUUUGAUAGCACCACGCCCAAACCAACCUUUCUGUCUUCAGCACUUUACCAGAAGCAGAAACAAAACUGACUUAACGUUGGUUUUCUGUUUUGUUUUGGGUUUGUUUUGUUUUGUUUGCGUGUGCGUGUCCCCACGUGUGUGUGUGUGUGUGUGUGUGUGUGUGCACAUGUGUGUUCCCAGGUCUGUGUCCGUGGGUGUGCCUGUGUGUGUGGGUGUGCACGCAUCUCAGCACUUCCCAUUUUUAUGAACCCUCUUCAAAGGGUGCCACAUUUUUACCUGGACUGUUGAGAAACCACCAUAGUAAGCUUUUUAUUAUCUUUUUUUUUUUUUUUUCAGUGCUGCUUCAGAGUAGGGUAUUUACGUUCUUGUAAUCAGUUCCAUCCUCCUGAUUUUACUUGGAAAGAUCCCAGUAUAAAUUACUAAAAAAAAAAAAAAAAAAAAAGGAAAAAAAAAAGAAAAAAGAAAAAAAAGUAGAUCUCAGUUUUUUUUUCAAGAGUAACAAGCUAUCGUUUUACGUCUGUCUAAUCAGAAAAGUUAACAUGCUAAUAAAGUGCACAAAUAAUAAUUUAGUACUACACUGCAGAACUAUUAAUUUAUAGAUCGCUUUCGUUGUAUUUUAAGUUUUUUGGUGAUAAUUGUCUUCAGAUUUUAAAGUGCUGUUAGACUGAGUUAGCUGUACUCAUUAUAGAUCCCAUAAUGGCUUCUCUGUAGCUACUUAAGGUUCCUUUUUCUCUCCACGGACCCCAGGUAGGUAGGUAGGAGUGUGUGAUAGAGCACAGAGUUUGUACCUUGCACUGCCUGUACCUGAAGCAAUAAUCCUGUCGUGCGCUCGCGUGCAUGCUGCCCGGAUGUUCCCACUGGAAGUAGGAUGGUUCCCUACCCAACAGGAGUUUUCCUGUCUCUGCCAGCGAGUUCCAAAAGUCCGAGAGACGUUUCCGUGGGCACGGUACCUGUGUCCCUGUGGGGAGCGCAUGUGGAAGGAGCAGGAUCAUUAGUUGAAGUGAGAACAAAAUCCGUAGAAUCAAACCAGAUCCGACGUCGAAAUCAGAGGGGCUUUUCUGUUUUCAGUUAGUUAUUCCAUUUUGUGAUUAAAAGUUAAAUAAAUACCUAAAUUCAGUUGGUUUUUCCCUCCCCCCCCCCCCAUGUUUUGUAAUAUAUUUUCUGUGGAUUAUAUCUUGCUGUUUUAAAAAUCACUUUUAUUCAGUUAGAAGAAGUCACUGGUUUGCAAAGCCCAUUUUUUCCUAGUGAUUGUUGUUUUGAGUGUGACAUGAACUGAUGGUUCUGAACUUUAUUGUUUUAAACUCUCUGCUUUUGAACAUGUAUGUUCUAAUAUAAAGUGGACUUCUGAAAAAUGAAUGUAAGAGACACUGGUGUAUUUCAGGAGGGGAUGGUGUUGUCAUAUACUGUGGUUAAUCCAAUCAAUCUAAGUGUUUACUCUAGACCAAAAGGAUAGAUAUUAUAAAAUGUAUAAAGUUUAUACAGAAUAAUUAUAGUAUGUUCGUUUUGUACAGUAUUUUUCAAGUACAAAUACUGACAAUGUAUUUUGAAAGACAUAUAUAUAGCAAAAAGAAAAAGCUAUUCCAUGUUUAAAAUAUAUAGCAAAGAUAUAUAUUCUCCAUUAUUGUACAGAAAGGAAGUGCUUAGGGGUUUGUUGGUUGUUGUUUUUUCUUUUUUUUUUUUUUAAAUCUUUUAAUAUUUUAAGCCUACCACUGGCACACCGGCAUGUUCUGUGCUUUAAAUUAAAUUUUUAUGGAAGUAAUAUGGAUUUCCAGGAUGUUCCAUAUUACUGAAAAGGAGAGACUUUAGUAUUUUCCAUCAGAAACACAUCAAGAAACUGUUUAACAGGGACAAAGCACAACAUGGAUUUUAGUCAACUAUUGAUUGGACAAUACAAUAUUUUGUAAUGGCAGGAAAAUAACAUAUAACACAAAACCACUCACAGGCACUUCUGAUCUGCUGCUGCUGCUACAAUCUGUUUCCAGCUGAAUACUAUUUUUUUUUUAUAAAUAGCUCAGACCCUGUACACACUUUGUGUACUGCAUACAGUUAGAAACACGGGAGGAAAAUACGGUGCUACACGUCUUGCUCGCAGUUUUCUGAGUGUUCUGACAUUAUUCUCCAAUAAACAGGUUGUUCAUUCCAUUAAAUCAUUUUUCAUGCUUCAGGAGAAGGCGACAAAGAACUCAGCAUUUUGGUCAGCAUUAAAAAUCCCCUCGCAUGAAUGGCACUUUUCCAGUAUUUUUCCACAAACACACCUGGCUUGUCAGUGUCCCUUGACAUGCAGGACUUGCCUGUGGACCAUUUAUUGGGUAAACUGAAUUUCUGUGUGCUGCAGCAAACUUUGAAGCGCAGUGAGUUAUUCCCUAAAGGUCAGUAUGAGGCACUGGGUGCUGGGGAGACACACAGAGGGGUGUUUUUGGGGUGCCCCAGGAGCAGGAGUGAGGUCAGAGUGCCAUCGGCGAGGGGUGGGGUGUGACCACAAACCUUUCUAUGACACGUAAAAGGCAGCUUGGGGAAAAAAAAAAAAGUGACAGAGAAUUCUUUUGUUUCUUUGGGCAGGGAAGGGGGGGGAGAUGGUUUUUGUAGGCUGGGUGGAACAGAUUUAUUGUUAUGGCCACAGAGGAGCACAGAGGUUUCCAGCAGCUGCCUGGCCCAGCGGUCCCAGAGCUGCUCCGGUGCCUCCUCACCCCUGGGAGAACAGGAGGGACUGGGAAUGUGCACAGGCUGCAGCUUCUCCUUUGGGGUGAGGACUUUCCAAGGAGCCUGAGGGAUUUAGGCACUCCCCAUUUGCUGUGGGAGUGAGGUACCUUGGCUGCUGUGAAAAGCUCAUUUGUAAAAAAAAAUUAGCACUUAAAAAAAAAAAAAGGCAAAAUAUGUGGGCUGAUAUCUGGAAAAGCUCCAGGUUCUUUAGCCAGGUUGUCUCCCCAAAAUAAUAAAUAAAUGGAAGUUCAGCUCACUUUCAGUUCCCAAGGACAGCUCAGCUGGGCUCAUCACACCUCUGAUGGCUUUGUUGCUCAUGAAGGAGCUUGUAGGUAUAAGAGAUUGUAAUUUUAUAAAAAUAGAAAUAUAUAUAUUUGCAGAAUAAUUAAUAGCUUAUCUAAAUAAUUCACUGACCUCUGUUAAACUUAUAAGCAUUGGUAAAAUGCUUGUCUUCUCUUUUGUUUUUUUGCUGAAACUUAGAAGUGAAUUUUUUUCUUUUUAAAAAAGAAUGCCCUCUAGAAAUCAGUGGGACUGGAGAUGGAUUUGUGAUCCGAGCACCUUGGGGCUCUCCGUGGGAAAGCCCGUGGCAGAGAAGGCAGGGGGGGUAUUUCUUUUUCUAUUUUGAAUGGUGCUGAAGUCUCUAAAACCAAGCACCAUGGAAAUAAAGUUCUGACUUGAAUCCACAAAAGCAAGAAAUUCAAAAUGCAGGGCAGGAGCCCGAGUGAGGCUCCGAGCUGGACUCGCUCCCUGUGCCCCCGGGGAUGGGAUCGGCUCACACCCCUCACACUUGAAUCUCUUGCCUCUGUGGGUUUGUAAUACCCCCAGUUAUUGCUUUAAAACUAUUUUUGCAUGUAAUUUACGAUAGAGAUGUGCAGUUUAUUUUUAUUUUGUCGACUUCUUUUUUUUAUGUGAAGAGAUUAAAAAAAAAAAAUAUAUUAAAACUUACAAGUGAUCAACCAUCGUAUUUCUGGCAACACCACAAGACAGCAUUAAAUACAAGUUUAACAAACAGAUCAAAUUACCUGUAUGACAAGAAGUGGAUUGCAUCCUGUAUGCUGUUCAGCCCAAAUAUUUUUUUUUCGUCUGUUAUUCUUAAUGUUUAAUAAACUUUUAAAUUUUUCUUCUCUCA